AUGGCAGAACUAGCGGCCAGCCUGGUGGUUGGGCCGCUGGUGUCCCUGCUGAAGGACAAGGUGUCCAGCUACCUCCUGGACCAGUACAACGUGAUGGAGGGCAUGGAGAAGCAGCGCAAGAUCCUCAAGCGCAAGCUGCCUGCCAUCCUCGACAUCAUGGCCGAUGCCGAGAAGCAGGCGUCUCGCCGAGGAGGAGUAAAGGCAUGGCUUGAGGAGCUCAAGAUGGUGGCGUACGAGGCGAACGACGUCUUUGACGAGUUCGAGUACGAGGCGCUCCGCCGUCGAGCCAAGAAGAAUGGGCACAUCACCAAGCUCGGCAUGGCUGGAGUAAAACUCUUCCCUACUCACAACCGUGUCGCAUUCCGUAGCAGGAUGGGAAACAAGCUUGACAGCAUUGUUGAGGCCAUCAAGGUCCUUGUGGAGGAAAUGAAAGAUUUUGGAUUCGACAAGCUUCAGCCUGAGGCACCAGCAUGGAAGGAGUGGCGUCAGACAGAUUCCAUUAUCGUCGACCCCGAAAAAAUUGUUAGCAGAUCUAGAGAUAAGGAGAGGGAGAAAAUUAUUGAGGUAUUGCUCAGCCAUCAAGCUAGCAGUGGUGAUCUCUUAGUUCUUCCCAUCGUUGGAAUGGGAGGAUUGGGCAAGACCACCCUCGCUCAACUCAUCUACAAUGACCCUCGAGUCCAGGAGCAUUUCCAACUUCUAAAUUGGGUAUGUGUCUCAGAUGAUUUCGAUGUCCGCAAUCUUGCCAUCAAGAUAUGUGAUUGUGAUGCUUCGAAGACAACCCUUGAGAAGGCACUCAACAACCUUCAGGAACAUCUUAGGGGAAAGAGGUAUCUUCUUGUAUUGGAUGACGUAUGGAAUAAGGAUGUUGACAAAUGGGGAAAGUUGAAGGCAUGUCUUAAUCAAGGCGGUGUCGGUAGUGCCAUAUUGACAACGACUCGUGAUAAAGAAAUAGCCGAAUUCAUGGGUACAGUAGCAAACAACUCAUCAUGGAAAAAUAAAUACCAUGAUGUGGCAAUUUUGGACAUAGAAUUCAUACAUGAAAUUAUUGAAACAAGAGCUUUCAGUUUGCAGAAGACUAAGCCAGAGGAGCUAGUUAAGUUGGUUGGCCCGAUUGCAGAGAGAUGUGUUGGAUCUCCAUUGGCAGCCAAAGCAUUGGGGUCUGUAUUGUGUAACAAGACCACUAAGGAAGAAUGGGAGGACAUAUUACAUCGAAGCAGGAUAUGCGAUGACGAGACCGGGAUUUUACCUAUACUCAGGCUCAGCUAUAAUGACUUGCCAACUGACAUGAAGCAAUGCUUUGCCUUUUGUGCUAUGUAUCCAAAGGAUUAUCAAAUUGAUGUUGAAGAGCUUAUCCAACUAUGGAUGGCCAAUGGUUAUAUCUCAGAUCAAAACAAGGUACCUGCUGAAACCAUGGGUAAACGGAUUGUCAAUGAGAUGGUUUCAAGGUCAUUCUUCCAGUAUGAGGAGCAAAGAAGGAUUGGGUAUAGUUCUACAACUUUUGUGAAGAUCCAUGACCUCAUGCAUGAUGUUGCACUUUCUGCUUCAGAGAAGGAGUGUGUUUGUAUAACUGAUGAAUUCUUUCGAAGUGGUGACUUGCUUCCUAGUGUUGCUUGGCAUAUACAGUUUCAAAGAAGCACAAACAAAAAGGAAUUAAACUUUUUAUUUGGUACUACGAGGGAAAUGUUUCCACAUAUACAAACAAUGAUAUUUGAUAGAUCUGAUUAUUACCAUGAAGAUGUGCCACAUUCAUCAAAAUUUAGUUCUCUCCGAGCACUUUCUAUGCCAGUAUCAGGGGCUCAUUUGUCAAUAAAAGCAAAGCACUUGUGCCACCUUAGGUACCUUGAUCUCUCAGAUAAUGAUGGCAUCAAAGCACUUCCAGAUGAUAUAAGCAUCCUAUAUAGUCUCCAGACACUAAAACUUUCUAACUGCAGCAGUCUCAAAAGACUUCCUGAGCAAAUGAAGCACAUGAGUAGCCUUCGUCAUCUCUACACAGAUGGGUGCACGAAGCUGGAGUGCAUGCCUCCAGAGCUUGGACGAAUCACCUCGCUUCGAACAAUUACAUGGUUUGUAGUGGGAAGUGGCUUGAAUUGUGGCAGUCUUGGAGAGCUAAAGGAUUUAAAUAUUGGUGGUUCAUUAAUGCUAAAGCAGCUCGAAAAUGUGACAGUGAGAAGAAAUGCAAAAGCAGCCAACCUUGAGAAUAAGAAGGAAUUGAGACAACUGUCACUAGAGUGGACAAGUGGUAAGGAGGAUGAACAACAAUGUCAUGAGGUGCUACAGAGUCUCGAAGCUCAUGAUGGACUGCUGGCUCUAGAAAUAUAUUCCUACCAAGGCACCAGUUUCCCAUCAUGGAUGGGUAUGUUGAAAAACAUGGUUGAGCUUCGGUUAUCUAAUUGUAGUAAGGUGGAUCAGCUCCCUGAAUUGGAACAGCUAGCAGAACUACAAGUUCUUCAUUUGGAAGGAUUGGGAAAAUUACAAUUCCUGUGUAGCAGCUGUACAUCCUCCACAUUUGGAAAGCUUAAGGAUCUUAAGCUAGUUAAUGUUCAGGUUUUUGAUAGAUUUUGUCAGGCAGCACAUGGAGGUAUCGUAGCAUUUCCUCAGCUUGAGAUAUUGCACAUUAAGGGCUGUGACGUGUUGUCAGAGGUUGUCAAUCUUCCCUCGUCCCUCAGGGAAAUAGAUAUUCAAAAUUGCUCCAAACUACGGUUCAUAUCAGGCCAGCUGGAUGCACUCGAAAGCGUAGUAAUUGCGGUCUGCCCGGAGUUGCGGUCACUAGAAUCAUUACGUAUCAUAGAUCUCUCAGCACUGGAAUCCCUCCUUCUGCACGGUUGCAAAAGCCUGGCAUCCUUGCCCAGUGGGCCAGAACCACAAGACUACUCAUCUCUUCGUCGGCUUGUAAUUAGGGAGUGCCCAGGUAUCAAAUCGCUCGCUUCGGCUCUGCAGCAGCGACUGGACAGCGGCCUCGAGUAUACGUAUCUAGAUUCUCGUCUUGAAGCUCAUGAUAAGGAUGCUUUUGCGCUUGCAUGUGGACUCAAAAAGCUGAACAUGGAUGCGGCAGGCAGGAGGCUGCUUCUGCUUCCAAUAGGGUUCCUUCCAUUGCAACGACACGAGUAA